UGAGAGAGACAGGCUGGAGGACUUGUUUUAAGGAAAACACCCUCGCACAGGUGAGAAUGGGGGAUACAAGAGACAUCUGUCCUCACCUGGAUUCCAUAGGAGAGGUGACCAGGGAUGAUCUGCUGCUCAAAUCCAAGGGAACCUGCCAGUCAUGUGGAGCUGUGGGACCAAAUCUCUGGGCUUGUCUUCAGCUCGGUUGUCCUUAUGUUGGUUGCGGGGAGUCCUUUGCUGACCACAGCACGCUUCACGCACAGGCCAAAAAGCACAACCUGACAGUGAAUCUGACCACUUUCCGGGUCUGGUGUUAUGCCUGUGAGAAGGAGGUGUUCUUGGACCAGCGGCUGGCAGCGCACACGCAGUCACCGCCAGUGAAGUUCACUGAAUCGGAUUCUCCAUUGCCUGCUCACCCUUUGAAGGCCGUUCCAAUUGCAGUGGCUGAUGAAGGCGAAUCCGAAUCAGAGGAUGAUGAUUUGAAACCAAGAGGCCUUACUGGAAUGAAAAAUCUUGGGAACUCCUGCUACAUGAAUGCAGCACUUCAGGCUCUCUCUAACUGCCCACCUCUCACACAGUUUUUUCUGGAAUGUGGUGGACUGGUCCGUACAGAUAAGAAACCAGCACUGUGCAAAAGUUACCAGAAGCUGGUGUCUGAGGUUUGGCAUAAGAAACGCCCGAGUUAUGUUGUUCCAAGCAGUCUAUCUCAUGGAAUUAAACUCGUCAACCCCAUGUUCCGAGGCUAUGCACAGCAGGACACUCAGGAGUUCCUGCGCUGCCUGAUGGACCAGCUUCACGAAGAACUGAAGGAACCGAUUGUUGCAGAGACGAGAGAUUUGGAUACCAGUGACCAGGAUGACAAGCGAGAGGGUGACCGAAGUCCUUCAGAAGAUGAGUUCCUCUCCUGUGACUCGAGCAGUGACAGGGGUGAAGGAGACGGUCAAAGCCGGACCGCAGGGGGCGUGGGCAGCAGCUCCCUGGCAGAGACAGAGUUGUUGAUCCAGGAUGAAGCAGGGAGAGGGAUCUCCGAGAAAGAGAGGAUGAAGGACAGAAAGUUCUCCUGUGGCCAUCGGCGCAGCAACUCGGAGCAGGUGGACGAGGAUGCAGAUGUGGACACUACUAUGAUGCCAGUGGAUGGUAGAGCCUCGCCUGAGAUGCUUCCAGCUCCCCGUCCUGCCAGCCCAUGUAGGACACCAGAACCUGAUAACGAUGCCUAUGUGCGCUGCUCCUCACGCCCCUGCAGUCCUGUCCAUCACGAAAUGCACUCCAAGCUCUCUAGCAGUCCUCCUCGCUCCAGUCCUGCCAGGCUCGGACCUUCCUAUGUGCUCAAGAAAGCCCAGAUGCAAGCUUCCGGGAAAAAGAAGAAAGAACUUCGUUAUCGCAGUGUGAUUUCUGACAUCUUUGAUGGCUCCAUUCUCAGCCUGGUGCAGUGCCUCACCUGUGACAGAGUUUCUACAACAGUGGAGACAUUCCAGGACCUGUCACUCCCAAUCCCAGGGAAGGAGGACCUGGCCAAGCUGCACUCUGCCAUCUACCAAAACGUGCCAGCUAAGACAGGGGCAUGUGGGGACAACUAUGCCUCACAAGGCUGGAUUGCUUUCAUCAUGGAGUAUAUCCGGAGAUUUGUGGUGUCCUGUAUCCCUAGCUGGUUUUGGGGUCCCGUUGUGACACUGGAGGAUUGUCUUGCUGCCUUUUUUGCAGCAGAUGAGUUGAAAGGGGACAACAUGUACAGUUGUGAACGGUGUAAAAAAUUGAGGAAUGGAGUAAAGUACUGCAAAGUCCUCCGGCUACCAGAGAUUCUCUGCAUCCACUUGAAACGGUUCCGGCAUGAGGUGAUGUAUUCCUUCAAGAUUAACAGUCACGUCUCCUUCCCCUUGGAAGGGCUGGACCUGCGACCUUUCCUAGCCAAGGAGUGUGUCUCCCAGAUCACCACCUACGACCUGCUGUCAGUCAUCUGCCAUCACGGCACAGCAGGCAGUGGGCAUUACAUAGCCUACUGUCAGAACGUGAUCAAUGGCCAGUGGUACGAGUUUGAUGACCAGUAUGUCACCGAAGUCCAUGAGACCGUGGUACAGAAUGCAGAAGCCUAUGUCUUGUUCUACAGGAAAAGCAGUGAAGAGGCUGUGCGAGAGCGUCAGAAAGUCGUGUCCCUUGCCAGCAUGAAGGAGCACAGUUUACUCCAGUUCUACAUUUCUCGAGAAUGGCUCAACAAAUUCAACACCUUUGCUGAGCCUGGUCCCAUCACCAAUCACACCUUUCUGUGCUCUCAUGGAGGGAUCCCUCCUAAUAAAUACCAUUACAUUGAUGACCUGGUUCUGAUUCUGCCCCAGAACGUGUGGGAAUAUCUCUACAACAGGUUUGGGGGCGGCCCUGCUGUGAACCAUCUAUACGUGUGCUCCAUUUGCCAAGUGGAGAUCGAAGCACUUGCCAAACGCAGGAGAAUUGAAAUCGACACCUUCAUCAAGCUGAACAAGGCUUUCCAGGCAGAGGAGUCUCCAAGCGUCAUCUACUGUAUCAGCAUGCAGUGGUUCCGUGAGUGGGAAGCCUUUGUCAAGGGGAAAGAUAAUGAACCUCCUGGACCAAUUGACAACAGCAAGAUUGCACUCACAAAAGCCGGUGGCCACGUGCAAGUUAAGCAGGGUGCUGACUAUGGGCAGAUUUCCGAGGAGACAUGGAUUUAUUUAAGCACACUGUACGGAGGGGGGCCAGAGAUUGCUAUCAGACAGAACGUGGCCCAGGUCCAAGAACUGGAAAACCUACAUGGGGAGCAGAAGAUUGAAGCAGAGACCCGGGCUGUGUGAUCUGUGCAGGAGGGGGCAGGGAAGGAAAAUAAAUCUCGACUUAAGGCAGCCAGCUCCAGCAAAGUACACGCACAGUACCCACAGCACCUGUGGCCUGGCAGAAGAUUUCUUUGGAGCCCCUUCCAUCCACUAUUGACCAGCCCCUGCAUAUUAAAAAAGAACUGUAAAUAUCCUUAUCCAGCCUUACAGAAAUGUAUCUGGUUUUCAGAUUAUUCAGUGAAGGGAAACAGUACUGUAUUUUGUACCUCUGUGUUCCUGAAUGCAUAUACAAGUGCAUUAUUUGCUAGGGUCACAACGGACUAAGUUUCAGUUUAUAAACAAUUACUGUCAAAAACAUCUGCCAAGCCUUCCAGUUAAACCAAAACAUUCACUAUGGGCAUCACAAGGCACAAUUCCGUGUUAGAGGGAAUGUUUUCCCCAAGCUUCCAGUUCCUGUGUCCUCCUAUUGAAGUAGGAAAGUUUUAAAACAAAAAACAGACAACAAACAAAAAAUACCUGCCUUACCCAAGUGCACCAACAACUCCAGCCAGAACAAUGCAUUUUUUUCCCCUUAAACGACCAAAUUAAAAAAACAAGCCCCCCCCCCCCGCCCCUUUUUAACAUUCAGUGCCAGCUGCAGAAAGGUAAGGCUUUGAUAAAAUUGUGUCUCAAAGUGACCUAAUAGGGACUAGCUGCGUAGGACAGCCACCCAAAGGUACCGGGCAGAGCCAAAUCAAUACUCCAAACACCUGCAAAUUCUGGUAUGAGAAACAGAACCAAAAGCCAAGCGCUGUGAGUAAGGAUGUCAUCAUUCUUGUGAAUACAGCAGCUAGACACAAACACUGCGCUGGAACAGGCUGUUUCCGCUUAUCCGCUGAAAAUUUUACAGCUGGAUAUGACUACAACAUCCAUUCCCAGUCAAGGUGAAUGCUGAGGAGUAUGAGAGCAGCUUAGGGGAGUUUCAGGCUAUAAAAUUUAUAUCUGGCUGAAACAAUAAGUCACAGCUAAAUUCCCAUUCUCAACUGGAAAUGUUUGUGGCAAGACUGAACGGUCACUGGAGAGCAAUGGAUAUAAUGCCUCGACAAAUCAGAGAAGCCCCAGCAAAGAGGCAGAGCCUUUUUUAUUGGGAAAGAAAAGGAACAAAACCAUUUUUCUUCUUCCCUGGAAGAUCAAAAGGGUCCAGUGAACUAGAUUUCUGGAAUUAAAUGUUUAUUUAAAUAUGUGGAUGACUUUCCUUUCAUUGUUACAAGGUCAAUAUUCGCUUUCAAAUGGAAGCACUUUAUUUAAGUUGAAUUCUGUCUCCAGAAAUGAAUGGGCAACACCAGAACCUUUUACAUUGGCAAUGAAAUCACAACACUGAGAUGCCACCAAAAUCUAGAGAUCAGUGCUCAAACACACAUACACACACAUAUACAAAUAAAAAAAGUGCUCGACAUCAUCAUGUUAAAAUAGAAUUUGGCUUCUUUUUAGGUCUUUUGACACUUCAGGCAGGAAAAAACAAACAAACAAUAUGCAUCAAACUAAAUGAACCUCUGAAAAAUACUCAGCAUUAAACACAACUUUCCGUAUCAGUAAAUAUGUUUCUUCUCUAUUUACAGAUGUUAAGAAAGGGCAUUAGAGACUUUUGCUGAGGACGAUGUGAUUUUGUAGGCUGUACAGUCCGCAGUUCUGGGCAGGAUUAGUAAAUUCAAGCAGAGUUUUUAUAAGCCAGUCACAUAUUUAGUCCUUCAGAUUCUGUAAAAGGUAAACUCAACAAAAAUUACCCAUUCUUUACCCUGAAUAAAGGCAGCAGAAUAAAGAUGUGUAGGCUACAAUACGUGACUGUCGCUAAUUUUUCUUGUAUUUAGUUUUAAGAUCCAGGCAUUUGGGAACUACUUGCCAAGUUUAUAAAAACUCUGUAAACUCUGGCCUUUUCAUUAAAACGUUCAAAGAAAACCAGGCAGCUAAAGCUAAUGCUCCUUCUAAAGCGCUAUUUAGCGACACAGACAUUGCAAUUGUUCAAAUGUUCCACAGAGGCUGACAAUAAUAUACUGUCCACCUAGAUUAAAUAUAUAAAAGCAAACUUUUAUCUAAUUUUUACAUAGAUGGCACAACAAUAGGUGAAAACGAAUUCUCCUAGCUGCUGAUUCAACAGUGCAUUGGACGCGAGAAUAAAAAUACUGCAGCUAAAAUAUUUUAAAGAUAUUCUUGCACGCCUGUUAACUGCUUAACCAUUUAGAUCCCCUGAUAGAUGUACGUUGGCUGUGCAAUGCAACAAAGCCUUCGCACUGCUGUCAUGGACCUCUGGCCAAAGCCACAGGUGCCGAGGCUAUCAGAGGCUCGUGGAUCUAAGCAGUUAAGGGACUACGGUAGCAGCAAUAAGGAUGGCAAUUCCCUUGGGGAUGACCCUUCCGACUCCGGUAACACUGUAGCUGAGGUGUCAGUGCUGGUAGUGCCUGCUCAAGGGUGCAGGCUCCUGAGCCCCUUUAAUUAGAUUAAAAAACGUAACCUUUUGCUGGUUGAUGCUCACAGGUAUUAAGCACCAUAAUACGACAGCUACAGUACUAACUGUAGGACUGAGGGACUUUGUGCUACUGAAAACAAAAAUCGGUAUCCUGAAUGGAGAGAAAGGGACAAAGUCACGAAGACAACAUGAAACUAAUUCAAAAGUUACUUCAUCCUGAGUGGGGAAGACCAAAGCAGUCCCCAACAUGGAGAGCACAUGAUUCCUGGACACAUUUCCGUAUGCUGACCCCGCAUAAAAGCGCAGCAGGCAGCAAAACGCCACGCACACACGUUUGUCUGCAAACUAAACCUGAGAGGUUGCAUUUUAGGGUUGCUAGCCAGAGCGGCUUCCAUAGCAAUUUUCUCAAAUUCUGGGGAUUUUACAAGAGAUGCUGAAGUUCUCUAAGAGCAAGUAGAUUUCCCCAAAUGAUGGGCUGAUUUAUGGAUAAAUUAGGCCCUCAGGAGCUAUUAGGAGCAACUGACUCUUACAGGGCUUAACCAUGUACAAGAUUACUGUAAUAUCCUAGCAACAGUAAAGAUGCAGGGGAAACCAACACUUUAAUAGUAUAGAGGUUUAGAAAGCAAUUGACCCCCUUUUUAGCCAGUUUAGGUCCAGAUCAUGUGGUAUUUGGAGAUAUUAAAGCUUUCUCUCCACUGCAUGACAUGAUACCGUACAGCAUCGCUUAUUAUGCUACUUCUGCUUCAAAUAAAACCACGUGGGAACAGGGUGGCUGAGGAGUAAGUCACAAUUCCUGUCUGGCUUCUGGGUCGAGGUCCAGUCCAUGACAAGGUGGGAGAACGAAAUAGAGUGCGGUUUCUUUUUUUCUUCUCUUUUAUUUUUCUAAAAAAAUUCUGUUACUCAAACAUUAACUGAUGAGAACGCACAAAGAGGUCAUGCAAAAAGAGAAGGCAAGUCUGAAAUGCUGAAAAACAAACCAACAAAAGAAAACUGCAAAGAGAUUAACGACGAGCCACAAAAUAACGUGGCCCUCAGGAAGGUGGGCGCAGGCAAGGCAACAGGGCGAGCAUGCAGACCGAAACAAGAGCAAAAUGAGGUCUUUGUGACGAGCAAAAUGGGGCUUCAAACCAAAACACCAGUGUCUGUGUUCGUGUGUGUGUCUGUGUGUGUGUGAGGAAGAGGAGGGAGAAAGGAAGGGG